AAUGAGAUCAAAACUGCAGCUGCUGCUGCUAAUCGUAGUACUUUUCAUGGACCUAACCAAUGCUAAUUCUGAAGAAUGCACCAAACGAGCAGAGUUUGUGCAUCCUCAAACUUGUUGUUCCUUACCUGAGUUCUUUACUCUGGAGGUCCGAAAGGCUUGUAAUGAGGAAAUGGCAGCGAUUAACCUUGUGGAGAAGAACGAAACCUAUAGCUCUUGCUACAUAUCCUGCGGGCUACGUAAUGCUGGCAUUACUGACGGUGAGGAAAUUGUACUUGAGAAGUUUAACAACUAUAUAGAUGUCGUCUUCAAGGAUCAUAAGGAGUUACGUUUGCUGGCCAGCGAAGCUUUUUCCAAUUGCAGCAAGCAAGUGGGGGAAUACAAUGAGAGGAUAAGUAAAGACAGUAAUGUGCCCCCAGCACCUCCUGGGUGUACCUAUAGUCAUGCUUUUGCACUAAGCUGUGCUGCUAAGAUUGUGGUUGACAAUUGCCCCGCUUCUCUGUGGAACGAUAAGCAGGAGUGCAAGGAAGCUCGUGAUUAUUUUAAACAGUGCAGAUACCAUGUUUGGAUGACUGCAGAUGUUAAAAUAUAAACACAAAAUAUGAAAAUAAAAAUUGAACAUUUUAAA